AUGAUAUUGAAUUCCCCCCAAAAAAGUGUUAGUAAAGAAACAGCCAGGUUUGAAAAAAAAGUGAAUUUCGUUGUUGAUGUGGUGGGGGUUAAAUUAGAAUCUGAAUCAAAUACCGACGACGAGAUCGAAACUCAUGAAACGUCGGAGAAGCAAACCGAGGAGAAUCACACUGAAAUCUUUGAGAGUAUAAAAUUACAGCUGAACAAGGACCUAAAUGACCUACUGACUGGUGGAGCAAAUGUAUGUGACAAACGAAAAUUAUCUACAGAAAGUGAUACAGAAAAUAAGAAGAAGCCAAGGCUGGCUGACGAGGACACAAGCCCCCAGCUGACGUCAAAAUGUAAGGAAGAUUCUCAAACAAGUCUUCAACUGAUUCCGGAACCGCAAAGUACCUUACAACAGAAUGCGUGCACCAGCAGCGUAUGUACAAUAUCAACACAGACAGAAAACAUUGAACGACUCAAAAAAGUAAACGUAGACAAUCUAAUUUUAUCAGUCAAUUCAUUCAAUGCAUCUGUUACUAAUAGAUUGGACUCUUUACGCAAAAAGCAAAUGAACGUAGAAAGUAGUUAUCAAUAUCAACAAAAACACAAAGAACAAAGGUUAGUCAACAGCACAGAUAAUAUUAAUAGCGAACCAACAAUCAACCCAGAAGACAAAGAUACAAUGAAAGAAGACAAUCAUUCAUCUAGUUAUUCAGCGGAUGAACAACCGUCUUUGUCAUCGGACAUUCCACAAAAGGAACAGCUAAACGCUGAAAGUUGUCCCCCUAAUCAAAAAGACCAAAAGUGCAUAUCACAAAAACCAAACGUUCUGCAACCAGCCUCUCGUCUAAGAAAAGUUUCGAGAAUUGCCAAUGCGAGGAAACCCCGCCGUCUUCGGAAAAGGCCCAAAAAGAGAAAGAAAGAACCCGAGAAAAACAAGAUAUCCGAGGCCAGUGGUUACGCGCUAAUAAGAAAGAACUCUUUGAACCUAAUCACCAACUCGACGAUAUGUGUAUUUCAGUGGAAUAAAAGUUGGUACCGAUGCUUCAUUUGCCAAGAAGCGUACCCCGAAUUAAAUGCACUUAGGCAGCACUCGGAGGAACACACCCUGCAGGAGAUAGAGGAGAAGAUUAUUGCCCAGCAGAAUCGUAUGGUGAAAGUUGACGUAUCCCAAAUAAUUUGCAAACUAUGCAAGAAACAGCUGCAGGAUCUACCCGAUCUCCGCAAACACCUUACAGAGGCACACAAAAUACGAUUUGAGAUAGAAGAUGAUCUACUGGUACCCUUCAAGAUCGAUGCACAAAGUCUCCAAUGCCAGCUAUGUAGUAAGCCAUUUGACUCAUUUCGUCUGCUCAACAUGCACAUGAAUAAACACUAUCAAAAUCACGUGUGUCAUAUAUGCGGCGCCACAUUCUCCACUUUGGUGUUCCUUAAUCUUCACAAAACCAGAUCGCACCGUUCUUGGCUCUGCAAAGAGUGCGAUGUCGUUUUCGUCAGCAAAGCGGACAAGAAGAGACACGACGUGUCGGUGCACAAAGUGAAGUUCGAAAGGAAACUGAGAUUCCCCUGCCAGCACUGCGGGGAGCGUUUCUUCCAAGAGAACUACCGCGCCCAGCACUUGGUGGAGAAACACGGGAUGCAAAAGCCAGAGUACAAAUGCGAAUUUUGUGGUAAAGUCUUCAUCACGCGUAGCCUGUGCAACAACCACGUGAAGAAUGUGCACCAGAAGAAGAAGAACCAUCAGUGUGACAUCUGCCGUCAACUGUUCUACACUAGGUCUGAUGUCGCAAGGCAUAGGGUUACUCACACGAAGGAGAAGAACUUCUCCUGCGAGUCAUGCAACAGUCUCUUUGCCACUAAAGACUCGUUGCGAAGGCACAUGAAAAGGACGCACUAG